UGAAAGAGUUCGGCGUUUCGAAGAAAAAAGAAGAGAACACCGAUCUGAGUUCAUUUUUCAUUUUUGACUCUCUAAAUUCCUAUAAUAGGUGUAUGAUUCACAUCGAUUCUUUAAGAAGAGGGUCAGUCUUCUGACAGGAGAGGUAGGGACUACACAACCUCCAGGAUCUGAUACUAAACUUUUAGUAGCUCUCUUACAAGCGAAGAAUCUAGUAUUCCUAGUACACCUGUGGAGAACCAGGGGGAACUACAACAGAAGUCAAUACUAAAACAAAGUCCAAAACCAACAGUUAGGCAAACGGGACCCCAGUCUGGAUAAAUUGAAGACAGAAGUUGUAAAGCUAAACAGAAACUGCUGAAUUUGAGAAAAGAAAAAAGUACUGGAGUUCCAGAAAAACAAACUAAGGAAGAAGUUAUUAUAGACAUACCAAAAAAGAAAGAUUCCAUUGUGAUUGAAAAAGCAAUUAAAAAACCUAUAGAGUAUACUAGCACAGAAAACAUUGCUAAAAACAUCAUUAGUAAUCACACAAAAAUAGACCAACCCCCUCAAAGACUUAAAUCAAUUAAAAAACAGUCAGCUAUUGAACCCUCUACUGAGCAUUUUAGCUCAAAUAUACAACAGACUCCAACUAAUGUAUUAGAAACAUCAGAUAUCCCUUAUAUCCCUUAUAUGUCAACAGAACCAAAUAUGUCUGGGACAAUAUAUGAUUCAUAUUGGUCAAGAUGGGAGCGGCUCCGAGAAAAAUUGCUGAUGCGAGAUUUAAAUAGCCGAUUUGGGGACUAUUGCAAUCGUGUGAAGGAACUGAAGCACCAGUAUGAUACACCAGAUUCUAUGCCAUUCUUGGCAUCAAUAAAGAUCUUAGAAGAUGAAGUUCUUUUGCUAAGGAAAAGUUAUGAACAUGAAAUAGAUAAUAUCAGGAGAGAACUUGAUGAUUUUGUACGCCUCAAAAAUUUCUAUGCUGCAGAGAGUGACAAGAAUCACAGAUCAGCUGUAGAUCUCCAAGAUAGAUUGUAUUGGGAAAAUGACAGAAACAAACGUGCCAAUGAUGAGGUAAAUGUUCUCAGCCGUAACGUCGCCCAGAGAGACCAGGAGCUCCAUGAUGCGAAGAUGGCGAUACGGGCGCCCAUGGAAGAAUUAGCCCAGACAAAACGUUUGGCGGAUGAAUAUUCUCGACAGAAUGGUGAUCUCAAAUAUAGGUAUGAAGCUGAGCAGAGGCAACGUCUUGAUGCAGAGGAUAGGUGUCACCACUUGAAACAGAAAAUUGAUUUCGAUACGAAUAUGCACGCUAAAGAAAUCCAAGAACUCAAGGACAGACUCAACCAAUCAGCAACUACUAUUCUUCAUCUAGAAUCAAAGAUCCGUCAACUCAGUGUCCCGGAUACUACGACACCAGAGGUUAUCCAGCGUGUACGGGACACAGCCGAGGCAGAAAUACGACGUUACCAGACUGAGUCUGAGGAAGUGUUUAACAGAAAUAUGACCCAGGUACAGCAUCAGAUGUUGGAAGAUAAUCGCAAGAUAGAAAACCUGACAACAGAUAAUGCUCGUCAUAUGGGAGAAAUUGACACUCUGCAGGCUCAGAUAAGAGGACUACAACGUGAGAUUCAAGUUCUCGAUCAUCAAAAAGGUGGCCUUGAAACUGCUCUGAACAAUGAGCGAAUUAGAGCGCAGGAAAAUGUGCGUUCGCUGCAAAACAAGAUGCAAAGUCUGCAGCAGAUGCUACUGGACAAGAUGCGAGAGGUGAAUGUGGCUAAAGAUGCACAGGUUCCAAUGAAAACUGAGAUAGAAUCUUACAGAGCCAUUCUCGAAGCCGAAGAAAGAAGACUUGGUUUGCCAUGGCUUCCACCCCCUCAUCCCCCCAUUGCUCCACUCCCCCCAGUGACCUCCAGUCCCGCUGUCCUAGCUGCUCUGACGUCUCCCAGACUCAUACCGUCCCCACCCCUCAGAAUUCCCCUUGCCUCUCCCCCUGUCAAGACACUAACAAAUGUCAAUAUAAAUGACCUCCCUAUGCCCCCCAAACCUCUCCGUCCUGCCCCACAGAAAACAAGUUAUAUCGUAGGGCCUGUCCCACAAUCAGAAUCCCCACGCGGACCGAGUCCCAUAUUAGAUCCAGUUCAAAGAAGUUCUGUUGAGAGGCCAAGUGAUCGUGCGAAAUCUGCACCUGGGGGCCAAAGAUCCCUCCCAGUAGUACCCACAAAUCUAGGCCAAGGCAAAGAUUAUUUUGAUGAGAUGUUUAAUGACCUUAAGAGAACUACGUUAAAGCGACCACAAAGUAGUCCCGCUGAGCGUCCAGAAACCUCCACAUCACAUGACUACACAACUGCGACAUCUAGUGCCACAGGGAACAUGAAGAUCCUAGAAGUGAACCGAGAUGGCCAGUAUAUAAGACUGCUGAAUGACUCAGAGGAGAAGGAUUAUGAGAUUGGAGGCUUCAUGCUUCAGCAGAAUGUAGGUGGUCACCCUGUUGCAGUGUACCGUUUCCCUCCACGUGUCACAUUCAAAGCCAACACGACAACAACUGUGUAUUCCGGGACCAACGACCCCAUCCUCCACCAACCGCCCGAGUCUUUCGUCUGGAAGGAGCAAGAGAAGUGGGGCACAGGGGCAGAGUGUACAACUAUCCUCUGCAAGCCUAAUGGUCAGGCAAUUGCAUGGACGACAGCAGCUCAUAGGUUCGCUAAUGAUGCAUAUGAGAUGGAUAGCCAACCAGGAACAUCUACUAAGAUCACUGACGAUGUCGCACCAGACACCUUUGAAAAUCAAGAGCCAGACCAAGAGUAUCGUCAUACUGGAGACGUUUAUGAGGGAAGACCAGGGGAAUACGAAGGUGACCUCACAGAGAUCAACACUGGACAAAUCAAUCAACCUAAACCUGAACCUGUAUAUUUAAAGAGAGAGAAAGCCCAGCCUCCGAGUUUAUCACCCCCAAAGCACCCCUAUGGCCAGGCUCCUCCCUUCUCCACCCAUCCCCACUCAAGUACCCAAAGGCCCUACACCAUGGGUAAUGACAACAGUAGCGUCAAUAGGCAGUCUCGCUCACAGACAACUCGACCAGAUCCCAUCCAAGGCCAACCCUACGCUGGCGCAUCUGGAGCAAGAAUGGGCAGUGCAUCACUUAGACGCCCCCCUCCCAUGAAAGAGACCCGAAGUGGAAAUGUGGCAAAUAAAUCGGCGGGGACAAUUCGCUAUGGGUACCCCACCCCGUUCCUGUCCCCCUACCAGCAGGACUUUUCUGAGCGCUACGACAGUGGAAGAACAUCAAUAGCUCCACAAUCCCAAAUCCCGUCACAUCUACGCCCCCAAGUCAUUUCAUGAAGCCCCACACAAAGUUUGCUGAAGGACUGAAGCAGAUUCAAUCACAGUAUGACACAGAGCAUAACCCUCCAAUGCCUAGACCACCACUGUUCUCAACCUGGUAGAAUAUGGACUUAACCCUCUAAUGCUGAGACCAGACCAUGUCUCUUUUUAACUAAUAGAGACUAAUAGAAUAUGGACUUAACCUACUGCACAACAAUGUUGACCUAUAUAGGUGUACAGAAGCACGGCCUUAGGAAGAUACUUUUUGGCCGUAUCAUAGGUGACAUAGACUUUAUACUGAGCAAUAGCUGUGUCAUACAUGCACUCCUACAUAGAUGUUCAUCACUGGUGACAUCAAGAUAAUUUUUAUAGUGCUUAGAUGUAAGAUGUAACAAAUAAGGUAAUUUAAAGGUUAGAGACCCUGAAGCAGGGUUGUGUCACAAAGUGGCUCUAAAGGAAUUAUAAGCACUGUAGAUUAUUUUACAAUUUGUUUCUUGCAUGUUUGAAGAUCUCGUGUAGUGAGGGGGGCAGUGAUCCCAGAUCAUUGAAUGUGAUAAACAUUAUGACUUCAAGGACUUGGUUCCAUUUUUUAAAACAAACUAUCUUGUCUGAGAGAAGAUUCCCUUUGCUAUGGAGGAUUCAAUUCAAUUCAAUUCAACGAAGGACAUCCUUUAAUUUCUGACAUUGCCUUGAUAUAUUGACGAAAAGUGUCAUACAUGUUAAUAUAUUAAGCAUCAAAUAAUAAGUUUGUUUUAAAUCGGUGGGCAACUUACUGGCUGAAAUAUAAGUACGACUUUUAGUAUUUUGAAAUCAAAUACUCAGUAUUACGUGGCUGUAGUGUCUUGUUAAUAGUGCCUUUAUUUAACAAUGAUGCAUGAUAAACUGAUAUUAAAUGAUGAAAUGUAGUCAAUGAUUUCUUGUGAUAUGUAAAAAAUAAAGUGCCCUAGAAAAAUGCAUUUCAGGAGGCACAACCUAUUAAGGAGUUAUUUAAUAACAUAAAUUAUGGAGUUUUACUGGUUUUCUUCACAAAAUGAUAUUUUCUUUGGCACAUUUUCUGUAUUUACAUUGGGCAUUACUUUUUAAAUUUUUGUAAAUUUUUUAUUAAAGAUAUUUCAUAAGAUAUAACUGUUUGCCAAAAUCAUUGAAAAUGUGGACUUCAGGUUGAAUUGAUGUGAGACAUAUCAUGCUCAAAUAUUUUUGCUAAUAUUAGUAGGGCUAAUGUCUUUGUUAAGAGUAUGUAUUAAUACAUCCAUAUGUAUUGCUUUUUUUCUAUAAACAAGUAUAAAGUGUCACUGACUGAUUCCGUCCAAGUAUUAAACAUAAUGUCAUUUUUAUUACUUUUGUGAUAAACUUUAUUCUGAUUUUUAUAAGGCGAAUAACUGAACAUUAUCGGUUCUGUAAAUAGUGUAAAAAUUUGUAAAAAAAAUAAGCAAAUAAAACUUCAUAGAUGAAAU